AUGGUGUGGCAGGUAAACUGCGAGGUCUGUCACAUGUGGGAGUCAAUGGAGGGCGCCUUAAGUCCGGGCGACUUUGUCUGUCACAAGUGUCUGGAAAUCAGAGAGCUCCAGCUGAGAGUAGCUGAGCUGGAGUCUCAGGUGGAGAUGCUGCGCAGCAUGAGGGAUGGAGAAAACUUCCUGGACAGCUUUAUCCUGGAGCCGGACACUCCCCUGAGUCCCAAGGAAGAAGAAUGUAGCAGUGACGGACAUGACUGGGUGACAAUCAGGCGGGCAGGCAAGUGUUCCCGAAAGAGAGGAGUUGAAGAAUCCCAGACUUUAGUCUUGUCUGACAGGUAUGAAAUAUUGGUAACCUGUGUGGACAAGGAAAUCUGUGGUCUUUCCCCAGUAAUGAACCCUCCCAGCUCUCACUCCCAACUUGUUCGGCAAAAUAGCUGCGGGUGGGCAAAGGCGACAAUGCAACGGGAGUGCCAUCAAAACCCUGUGCACCUGGUUACCCCUUCGCUCGAUCUGCUGCGGGGGCAUCAGGUACGUGUGUGCGAAGGGCACUGGAGGCAGCGCUCAUGCGAACAAGGAAUGCGCAGGAGAUGCUGGUGCCGGGGAGCAGGAGCGCAGGGAGUCUGCACAGUCAGCACAGGCUGCGAGGCUGGCCAGCAGACCUAUGCGGACCCAGAGAGUGGCUACCUGGUAUUUACUCGUCUGGCCCACCUGCAGAGGGGGAAAUGCUGUGGCUCUGCAUGCAGACACUGUCCUUAUGGUCAAGUCAACGUGAAAGACCCAUCAAAAAGAAAGCGGUUCAAUGCCAUGUUUUAUGUCUGAUCUUUACUCAGAAAUGCGCAAUUUCAAGAGAACCAACAGUGAAAAUAAGUUUGUUCCAAGAUGAAGAUGUGGAAAGUUGGUGGAAAAUAGUCAUAUCAAAGCAGAAGAAACAUUGUUUUACAAACUGUCAUUUUCCGAUAUCAAGUUAACGAUAACUACUUGAGUGUUGAUGCAUUUUUGUUGAAGGCAGAUAGGCGUGUUUCUGAAAUAAAAUA